AUGUUAACUACAAAUCAACAAGUCCCUAGGAUAGGUAAUUUACCGAUUGCUCAAACCCAACAUCAAGCCCCCCAGAUGACAUAUGAGGAAGUUGGCAACCCAUAUGCAAUUGGCUCAAAUGUUGGCAUACCUUCUGUAUCAUCAUCAACUCCUAGGCCUCCAGACGAGUAUAUCGACUUCCCGGCUGGAUUCCGUGUAUCCCUUGUCGAGGCAGAUCAAGUUCUUUUCGAAUAUAGAACGACCAUGCAACCAAAUUUUCCAUUCGUUCACCUACCCCCCUGGUCAGCCCGUGAGAUGCUCCGGGAUCGGCCAUUGCUACUGAAAGCCAUCAUAUACGUCUGCCGCCCCCAGCCUUGGCCGGUUAAGUGUGAGAUAGAAAAGUGGUUCCGGGAACAUUUUGCCCUCCACCUGGUGGUACAGAAAGAAAGAAGCUUAGAGCUACUACAAGCUGUACUCAUUUACAUUGCCUGGCAAACUUGGCAUUUCUUCGUACAUGCGCAUGAUUCAAGUCUUAUGCAAUUAGCGAUCGGAAUGGUCGGUGAUAUGGGACUCAAUAGACUUCCAGACUCUCAAAUCAUGCCUCCAAGAUGCAUCAUAAAAGAAACUACGAUGCUAGUUAGAGGGAUGAAUAUCCGAAGGGAGCAUACCCAUGCCGAACGAAGAGCCUUACUCGGCGUAUUCUAUAUUUCAUCAGUUAUACGGAGUAUUUUUCGACGUACAGAACCGAUGGAAUUCACGGAUUACAUGGAUCAAUGCUGUACCGAGUUAACCCAAGCCAUUAACUGCUCUACAGACCGGCUUGCCGUUACACUUGUGCGCAUGCAGAAUCUAAUAGUUCAAGCGACCAAGAUAUUAUCGGAGAAUAGUAUCAAUAGGGAGGUGGUAUUAGGAGUAUCGCAUGCCAUGGCAAUGGCUAGUAUUCGACGGCAGCUUGAUGGUAUAGUCAACCAGCUCCCCGAAGAUCAGAAGUCGAACUUCCUCGUAUGGCAUCAUUAUCACAUGGUCCUCAUCCGGCUUUACGAGCCAGUAAUCGAUAUGAAGUCAUUGGAUCCUCCAAAUAAGGCAUUUAUGCGGAGCCAGGCCCUCUGGACUUGUUGUCAAAGCGCAAAGGCACUUCUCGAGCUCUAUCUUACCGUCCCAGGAGACAUGUUUGCGGCACUUAGCUUCGUCAUGGUUGCACAUCUCUCUUACUCUAACAUUAUAUUAACCCACCUCCUCUUCCUAGAAGACGGGGAUUGGGAUGCGCAUACCGCCCGGGAGAGCGUCAACUACCCCGACCUCGCGGAGCGGCUCAGCGAUUAUUUCGUGGCGUGCGAGCAGUUGCUUGGUCGUAGGUGCAAGGUUAUGGAAGACGGCAAAGGUCUUUUUACCAGGUCUGCGGAAAGAAUGAGAUGGGCGAAGAGUUGGUAUCUUUCUAAGUUGCCUACUGAUUCUGCAAUACCAGGCACGAUCGCAACUGCGCCACCUAUGGCGGCCAAUGAAAUGGAAUAUGAAACAUGGCAAAUACUUUUUGCUUAG